AUGUUUCCUGGACGACGUGGGCUUAAACCACUUUUUAUGGAAGGAGUUGCCGCGUUUCUCUCGUUUGCGUUUGCUCAAGAAUGUUGUCGCAGGGAAGGAGGGGUAAGGUGUCCGUGUUUAAAGUGUGGUUGCAGAAAUAUUAUCAGUGACCCUAGUGAAGUGAAACGUCACUUGGAGAGAGUGGGUUUUAGGCCAAAUUACUGGGUUUGGACAUCUAAUGGGGAAACAAUGCAGGAGAUGAAUAGAGAGGCUUCUAGUAGUCAAACACAUAUAGAACCAGAUAUAAAUAGAGCUGAUCCAGGGAGUAGUUCAUCACAAAUGCAAUGCCAUGAGCAAUUUAAUUUUGUCGAGGAGAUGUUCACUGACGCAUUAGGGGUGAAUGUGGCGUAUGAUGAACCACAAGACAUGGAUGGAGAAGAGCUCCCGAAUGAGAAAGCUCAAAGGUUUUAUCAGUUGUUGAAAGAAAUAAAUAUACCAUUGUUUGAGGGGUCUUCUGACUCUAAGCUAUCAAUGUGUGUGAGACUUUUGGCUGCGAAGUCAAAUUGGAAUGUUCCUGAUCAGUGUUUAGAAUUCUUUGCGAAAAUGAUGUUGGACGCGACUCCUAUGAAAGAAAACAUGCCUAUAAGUUAUUAUGAUGCAAAGAGGGUGGUGUCGAAGUUGGGAUUAGAAGAAUGUAAGUUUUGCGAGAGUCCGAGGUAUUUAGUUAGCAGUAAAGGAGUUGACCAAAGACAAAAUCGCAUUGCAGUGAAAUCUAUGUUCUAUCUACCAAUAAUACCUAGGUUGCAAAGAAUGUUUGCAUCAAUGCACAGUGCAAGCCAAAUGGCAUGGCACCAUACAAACAGAAUUAGUUCAGGCAUGAUGCGACAUCCAUCUGAUGGCGAGGCAUGGAAACACUUUGAUAGAGUUCAUCCUGAAUUUGCACUUGAACCUAGGAAUGUCCGACUUGGAUUAUGCUCAGAUGGUUUCACUCCUUAUAAUUUUUCAGGAAAUGCAUAUUCUUGUUGGCCAGUAAUUGUUACCCCGUACAAUCUCCCUCCUGAGAUGUGCAUGACGAAACCUUACAUGUUUUUGACAUGCAUCAUUCCGGGACCGUCGAGUCCAAAGGCAGGAAUCGAUGUUUAUUUGCAACCUUUAAUUGAUGAUCUCAAGAGGCUGUGGGUGGGAGCGUGGACUUAUGAUGUGUCUCGUAAACAAAAUUUUAAUAUGCGAGCGGCUUUGAUGUGGACAAUUAAUGACUUUCCUGCAUAUGGCAUGUUGUCUGGAUGGGGUACACAUGGUAAAAUGGGAUGUCCGCAUUGCAUGAAUCACACAAAAGCGUUUACUUUGAACUUUGGUGGGAAAAGUUCGUGGUUUGACUGUCAUCGUAGGUUCUUACCUACCAACCAUGAAUUUAGAAGGAAUAAAGAUGCUUUUAGAAAAGGAAUAAAAGUAAAAGAUCUACCUCCCCCUCGAUUGUCAUCGACUCAAGUAUGGAAUAAUGUUUGUGACCUACCAAAAUUCACAGACUAUGGUGAAACACGUAGAAUUAAAGGAUAUGGGGUUGACCAUAAUUGGACAAAAAGAAGUAUCUUUUGGGACCUCCCAUAUUGGAAGGAUAAUUUGUUGCGUCAUAAUCUUGAUGUUAUGCAUAUUGAGAAGAACUUUUUUGAUAAUGUGCUUAACACGGUGAUGGAUAAUGAGAAGACAAAAGACAAUGAGAAGGCUAGGAAAGACAUGGAACUUUAUUGUAAUCGAAAAGAAUUGGAGUUGAAACCUCGACCAAACGGAAAAUUAUUAAAACCCAAGGCUUGUUACACUCUUACUCCCCAAGAAGCAAAAGCUGUAUGUCGGUGGUUAAAUGAAUUGAGGAUGCCUGAUGGUUAUUCUUCUAACCUGGCAAGAUGUGCUGACGCCAACACUGGUAAAUUGCAUGGAAUGAAAAGUCACGAUUGUCAUAUUUUCAUGGAACGAUUACUUCCAAUUGCAUUCAGUUCACUGCCCAAGAAUGUGCUUAAUCCACUUACUGAGAUUAGUCAAUUUUUUAAAGACAUUUGUGCUUCAACUUUAAGAGUAGACGACAUCAUUAAAUUGGACCGAAAUAUUCCUGUCAUUCUUUGCAAGUUGGAGCAAAUAUUCCCGCCAGGUUUCUUUGAUUCUAUGGAGCAUCUCCCUGUGCAUCUUGCUUAUGAAGCUUUUCUAGGUGGACCUGUUCAAUAUAGAUGGAUGUAUCCAUUUGAACGAUUCAUGGGUGAUUCAAAGCGAUCAGUUAAAAAUAAGGCACGAGUUGAGGGAUCAAUUUGUGCACAUUAUAUACAUCGCGAAACAUCACAUUUUUGCUCUCAUUAUUUCAAUCACAUGAUGUUGUCUCCAAGAAUCAUAAGGAACGAAGUUCACUUUAGUGAAAGAAGUCAAUUUACCUUAUCAGUUUUCGGUCGUCCAGGCCGUCCCGCAGGGAAGAAGAGUGAGCAUUGGCUUUCACAAAAAGAAAUGCAAUCUGCUCAUGUUCAUGUGCUGAUUAACUGCGUUGAAGUUAAACCAUAUCUUGAGGCAUUUGGUACCUACUAUUAUCAAAGCACAGGCGAACAACCAUCGACUGGUUACAGAGGGUGGUGAGGACGACUUCUAUGGGGUUAUCACACAUAUUUACGAGUUGGUUUAUAAUUAUAUGGACUCGGAAAAUAAAGUUGUCUUAUUUUAUUGUGAUUGGUAUGAUCCAUCUUCUAGAGGAACAAAAAUUGAUAAAAAGUAUAACAUUGUUGAGAUUCGAAGAGAUAGAAAGUACAAAGAGUAUGACCCUUUCAUUAUGGCACAUAAUGUUAGGCAAGUUUAUUAUGUACCUUAUCCUUCAAUUACCCCACGGAAACGAGAAUGGUGUGUUGUAAUCAAAUCCAACCCAAUGGGUCACAUUGAGACUGAUGAGUUAAUGGAAGAUGUUGCAUACCAACAUGAUGAGAUUUCACCUGUUAAUGAGGUAAUUGAAACCGAGGAGAUUGUAAGUUUGUGUGAUACUGCAGUUGAUGGUCAACAAGUUGACGCAAGUAUCUUGUUGUCAACAAAUCCUAUGGAAGAAGAGCAUGAAGAGCUGGGAGAGUCUGAAGACAAUAAUAUCAGAUGCGAUGAAGACA